CUCCGGAGCGCCUAUGCCCGGGAAAGAACUUCAUAGAACAGAACAAAACAACAAAAGGGCAAUCAAGUUGAGUCAUAACCCUACCAUUAUCUGUGUGACGAAGCUAGGCCAACGGAUGAGAUGCAAGCAUGUCGCGUCAGAACGAUGUCACCAGGUAUCAAAGUUCAAUGUUUUUUCAAUUGGUAUCGUUCAUGAGAUGGAAGCGUAUUGUGAGCCAAAUAGCGUGACCCAGGUAGCAAGAUGAAUGCCAACGCCCUGUUCGCAAAGAGGAAGGGCAAGACCCAGGCAAAGGAGAAGGGGCCCUCGGGCCAGAAGUCAGCCGACGCGUUUUUUCCGAAGGUCGUAGAGCCUUCCGCCGGGGACGUCCAUGCUGCUGUGGAGACCGAGGGGUCGAAGGCCGAGGCGGCUGUUAAGAAGAAGAGGAGCGAUAAGGGGGUGGAGCCCCCUACCAAGAAGCAGAAAGCCGCCGGGGGCGCUGUCGGGGCGGCUGCCCCCCUCAUUGUCAUUGAUGACACGCCCGCCGCUGAUGGGCCUCUGGCCUCGGUCACUCCGAAGGCUCCGGUGAAUCCAUCCCCGGAGGAAUUAACCCGGGAGAUCCGUCAGCUCUCCUUUGCCCCCGGCGCUUCACUGAUGCACGGCACUGCCGAGCCGAGGGCCUUCCUGCGGGGCAUCACCUCGAAGAUGGACAGGGAAGUCUUCGAGACCUAUGACGAUGAUGCCCUCGAGAACAGGAUCCUCCGGUCCUCUCUCACUGUUUGCAUAGCCCUCGGGGAACAGGCCCGGAGGCGCGAGGAAAGGCGCCUUCACGAGGCCGCCCAAGAUAAGAAGAUGGAGGGGCUGAUUCGCAAGAACUCCGAGGCGAUGAAGCAUGCUGCACAGCUGGAGGAGGCCCUCCGGGAGGCGAAGGCGGCAGCGGAGAAGGCCAAGGCUGACGGCAUAGCCGAGGGCAAGGCUGAGACCGAGAGGGUUGCUGCCGAGGCGGCGAAGAAAGCUGCCGAUGAGGCCAAAACCGCCCAGGAGGGAGCCGUGGCCCAGGCCCGAGGGGAGGCAGUUGCUGAGUUUCUUGCUGAGGGCUGGAGGACCGAGGGCCAUAAGGAGUGGGUGGCCUCUGUGGUGGCGACCUCGGUGGAUGCUUGGGUAGAAGGCCCCGGGGUUGACUGGCUGACAGAUAGGGGUGACGCCUACUAUCAGGGAGGUGAGUUUUUUACCCAGCAUUUGAUUUACCGGAGGCUCGCCAGGCACUUUGGCGUAUCCCUCGAUCAGUUUGACCCCUCGGCAUACGGCCUCCCUCCAUUGCAACCAGACGUGAGAGUUCCCCUCCCCCCGGGCGAAGAGCGGCCGACGAUAUAUGAUUCUGUGAUGAUGGGGGGUGAUGGGGGCGGAGCCAUCGGAGGUGAUGCUGCCGGAGAAGAAGUUUCCUCCAAAGCUGCCGUGGAAGAUGCCCCCGGAGAUAACGAUGCUGAAGCCGCAGAGAAAAUUUGUAUUUAGUUGAUAUUUAAAACUUCUGUUGUAACGGACACCUUUGAUCCUUCGGCUUCGGCCUGUCUGUAACGAUUACAUUGACUCCUUUUUGUUGUAAUUGAAUGAUUGCCUCCGGGCUUUGUAUAUA